AUGGGCCUCUCAACUCCCGUAGCUGCAGUCCUCAUCGUCCUCGUCACUGUCGUACCCAUGCUACUUAUCGCGGGUUUCACUGCCCGCUUCAUCUCCCGCAACUUCAGAGACGCAGCCGGCGCCAUCGAACCGAGGCCAGCGAGACGCUGGUUCGGACUCCGACGCGUCAAGUCGACCGACAGCACAACCACCAGCCUCGCUACCCACACGCAACACUACGCAGACUCGUGGCCGGAUCUCGAAAGUCUCAGGACGUACCGGGAUACGCCCAAUCCUUCUAUCCAGCACGGCAUCCACGAGAUAGCCAGCUUCGGCCAGUCGAUUGAGCUGGAGCUUCUCGCCGACAAGGCGAAGGACAGAUCGAGGAGGACCGCUCCCGAAGUCCCGCAGCCGCUCAAAGUUCUCAAGAGACUCGGGCGUGGUUCUGGAGGGGAGUUCCGAGGAGAUGCAAGCGGCUCGCGAUCAGUUGCCGAGACUGACGAGGGUCUAGAUGGUUUCCGGGGGCCGUUUGAUGAGCCCCUCGUUGUGAGGAAGAAGCGAAGGAACCACAGGACCGGGCAAACGCCUAGUUUGAAGGAUGUUGGAUAG